GCGUUGUCAGGUAUGGCGGGGUAGUGGCGAUUGUUCACCAUAGUUGUUUACGUAUCUUCCACACGAAGAUGCAAAGUUGAUUUUGACCGUGUACAAUGAGUGAAAAGAUUCCUUCUCAUCAGAAAUAAAUCAGUAAUUUCGUAAUCUUUGAUAAAAUUAAGUGACAUAUGUUUAAGCGGAAUGCCGCCCUUGUCUGGAGGAUUCGGCGAACAGAUAGAGGACUACGAAGUAUUAAACGUAUUAGGGAAAGGAGGUUUCGCCAGCGUGUAUAGGGCAAAAUGUCUACGCAGUGGGAUGGAAGUAGCCAUAAAAAUGAUCGACAAAAAGUUAAUGCAGGCUGCGAAUAUGGUUGGAAGGGUCCGCCAAGAAGUGGCUAUCCACUCACGCCUCAAACAUCCGGCUGUUCUUGAAUUAUACACAUUUUUUGAAGAUGCCAAUUACGUCUACCUUGUGUUAGAACUCUGCCACAAUGGAGAACUUCAGCGAUUCCUUAAGUUACAGCGAUCUCGAGCCCUUUCAGAAGAACACGCUAGUCGCAUAUUGAGCCAAGUUGUUCAAGGUUUGCUUUAUUUGCAUUCCCAUCAAAUACUCCAUAGAGACAUGUCCCUUUCCAAUCUGCUAUUAACCAGAGAUAUGCAGGUGAAAAUAGCAGACUUUGGAUUGGCGACUCAAUUAACACGGCCAGAUGAGAAGCACUUGACCAUGUGUGGAACACCAAAUUACAUUUCCCCAGAGGUCGCCACGCGAUCUUCUCAUGGGCUAGAAGCAGAUGUAUGGGGUCUCGGCUGCAUGCUUUACACUUUAUUGGUUGGAAAACCACCAUUUGAUACAGAUGCCGUGAAAAGUACAUUGACACGUGUUGUAAUGGCUGACUAUGCAUUUCCGUCAAAUAUAUCCGAAAAUGCUAAAGAUUUAAUAAAUCGUUUACUAAAAAAAAAUCCAAGAGACAGAAUUCGGUUGAGGGAGAUACUAAAGCAUCCGUUUUUGGCUCUUCGUGACAGAGGCUAUCAUAACAAGGACAAAGGAAACAUGCCCAGAGGAUUGUCCGGAGUCGAAGGUAGUGAUUCCGGAGUUGGACGAACAAUGUCUUCUUGCAGUCACCCGCGCAUACGUUCUAGAUCAGAGGAAAGGCUGCCCAGUUUUCCGGGUAGUUUGGGGCCAUGUUCUACGCCAACACCUACUGCGAGGAGCGAACCAUAUUAUGAUUACAUUACUGAUAUUCAGCCAUCUCCUCGAGUGCAUCCUGAUGGUUAUACUCAGACCAAUAAUUCCGUGUUAACUGGUAUACCUCAACCACCGCAAAGCCGAGUGUUCUCAUUGUCUGAACAACAAAGCAAUUAUGAAGGGCAGUGGGGAGAAGACAAUCAAAAAGUGGAUAGGCAACAUAAAAAAAAUCGGGAUAAAAAACAAACUGAGGGAGAGGAAGAAGGGAAUAGCAAGUUGGCUGUGCCACCAUUGAAUUCAAUUAGGCUUCAAGCCACUAGACAUCGAACUAAAAGCGCGGUUCUGACAAUACUGGAAAAUGGGGAAAUUUGCAUAGAAUUCAUUAAAAGACGAAACGGCAAGGAAAAAGUGAAUGAGGUGUGUCGUAUAUCAGGGGAUGGUUUAAGGAUCAUUCUUUAUAAAGCUAGCGAGGGUACUACUGUCGGUAAUGAACCUCCGCCGUUGCCGCCAAGGGGAGCAGAUAGCAUUCACUCAUACGAGAGUUUACCGCAACGUCAUCAUCGGAAGUACGUCUAUGCAGCACGAUUUGUGGGGCUUGUUCGGGCCAAAACACCAAAAUUAACUCUUUACUCAACAAGCGCGAAAUGCCUCUUCAUGGAAAAUGGUCCUCACCCAGAUUUUGAAGUUCACUUUUAUAACGGGGCUAAGAUAACCCGUACCGAGGGAGCGGUCAAAGUAGUUGAAGAACCUGGAGCUCAAGCGUAUUCGGAGGAUGAGCUCCCCUCGAGGCUAGAAGAUCUGCAUGAGCAUUACCUGCAGUGUUAUCAGCGCUGUUUGCUUCUAGAAUCGACUCUAGCAUCUUUAGAAACAGCCACAGGUCAUUCAUGUUUUCCAGCAAUUAUUGGACGCCGGCCAACUCCGGCUACAAACGACGCACUCUGCUUAAGAGGAAAAGAAAAUAUUUCACAUGGUGUAACCAGCCCACCUAUUAUGCCGUCAUUCAAUGCCAGUUGUUCUGUUGUUUCAACUGUAGCAUCUCGUUCACGGAGAUCCAAUUCCGUGUGCGUUUCGACAAAUCUAACUAAUAAUAAAAUAACGAUCCCGGGAGUUGGCGUGGCCACCCAACUUUCCACGGGUGACGUUAGAGUAGACUACGGAGAUGGUUCGAUGCUUACCGUGAGCCCGCAGAGUAUGGGAGGUGGACUAACCUACGAAAGUUCAAAAGGAGUUGUUACAAGGUACAAUCAAAAUUAUCAGCAAAAUUCGGAAGUGCCUUCCGCCAUCAGGGAUAAAUUGAGACAUCUGCCUACUAUCAUCAAACAUCUUGUGCAACCGAAGCAUAGAAAUAUUCGCUGAUACAAAAUAUCGAUUAGCAAUCAUUUUGUCACACGACUAGAAUCUCUAAAUUUCUUCAAUUGACAAUUUUUUAAUAAUAGUAAUAUUUAGUUAGAUAAUAUUAGUAUACUUAUAUAAAUAUAUUUCUAUAUAAUUAUGUAAUACGUGCUCAUGAAGUAAAGAAACAUAUUUUAAUACUA